UCAAAACCCGACAGCAAUCGUACGGCCAAGGAACCGAGCGACCUAAGCGGUGCGCUAUGCCCCCACGGGGUAAUUUAGCUCCACCGCUACAGAGAAUGCUAUAUUGCGCCGGCUAAGAAUGUUGCUCAAAACCUAGACAAAACCCCCCUUUCCGUCCUCCUCUCUCUCUCUCGCUGGUGCUUUUAAAGGUCAAUCAUAUACACUACUCAUCGCUGUUUCAGGUUCUAUUGCUUAUUUUGUUUACUCAAUUGCCCUUACAUUUCUGCUAUUUCAUUAAUUUCUAUGCUUAAUGUGGUUUGAAUCACAACAAACCCAUGUGCAAUUUCCCCAAAUGAUUUCAAUCUAGGGUUUCAAUCCUUAAUACUCGUUUGUAAUCUGAACGAAAGUAAUUGUAUAUGAUUGAGUACUCCUAUAUGAUAUAUACUAUUAAAUUUGUAGUAUAUUGAUUGUGAAUCUUGGUUGUAAUGGGUAAUGUUGAAAUACCCAAUUGGCUAAAAGGGUUGCCAUCGGCACCUGAGUUUCGCCCAACGGACACUGAAUUCGCUGACCCAAUUGCCUAUAUAUCAAAAAUCGAGAAGGAAGCUAGUGCUUUUGGUAUUUGUAAGAUAAUCCCACCAUUGCCUAAACCUUCUAAAAGAUAUGUAUUUUGCAACUUAAACAAGUCACUUUCAAAGUGCCCGGAAUUGGGUUCUGAUGUAAAUACGUCGGGUGUUUGUUCUUCGCCGAAAAUGAGUUCUGGGGAUUGUGGUAAUGAGGCGGAGGUCCGGGCUGUUUUUACUACAAGGCACCAAGAAUUGGGUCAGACUGUGAAGAGAACAAAAGGGGUGGUGCAAAAUCUGCAGUUGGGUGUUCAUAAGCAAGUAUGGCAAAGUGGAGAGAUUUAUACAUUGGAACAGUUUGAAUCCAAGUCAAAGGCUUUUGCACGGAGCAUAUUGGGAACGAUUAAGGAGGUUUCACCAUUAGUUAUAGAAGCAAUGUUUUGGAAGGCAGCUUCUGAGAAGCCUAUAUAUGUAGAGUAUGCAAAUGAUGUUCCUGGGUCUGGGUUCGGCGAACCGGAGGGCCAGGUUCGCUAUUUUCACAGGAGGAGGAGGAAGAGGAAUUUUUACCAGAGGAAUAAAGAGACAUCUGAUUGCAAGAAAGAUGUGAUAGAUAGUGUAACGGAUUCCCCUAAUAAUGAGAUCAAAGAUUCUUCUGCCAAAAAUGAACCAAAUAUGUCUUUGGAGACACCGAAGCCAUCUUCUACUUCCUCAAUAUUGUCAGAUGAAACUUCACAUUGUUCUAGGCGAAAGAGUUCAAAUGCUAGUAAUGAGAUGGAAGGUACUGCAGGUUGGAAGCUGUCAAACAGUCCGUGGAACUUACAAGCCAUUGCUCGUUCACCUGGCUCACUUACGCGAUUCAUGCCAGAUGAUAUUCCAGGUGUUACUUCUCCUAUGGUCUACAUUGGUAUGCUUUUCAGCUGGUUUGCUUGGCACGUUGAAGAUCAUGAGCUUCACAGCAUGAAUUUUCUUCACACUGGCUCACCAAAGACUUGGUAUGCUGUCCCCGGAGAUUAUGCAUUUGCGUUUGAGGAAGUCAUUUGCUGUGAGGCUUAUGGUGGCAGUAUUGAUCAUUUAGCUGCUCUCUCGUUAUUGGGCGAGAAAACAACUCUUCUAUCACCUGAGGUAGUUGUUGCAUCAGGCAUGCCUUGUUGUAGGUUAAUACAGAACCCUGGUGAAUUUGUUGUGACUUUUCCAAGGGCUUACCAUGUGGGAUUCAGCCACGGUUUUAAUUGUGGGGAAGCUGCUAACUUUGGAACUCCACAAUGGCUUAACGUAGCCAAGGAAGCUGCAGUGCGCAGAGCUGCUAUGAAUUAUCUUCCCAUGCUCUCUCAUCAGCAGCUGCUAUACCUGUUGACCAUGUCUUUUGUCUCAAGAGUGCCAAGAUCCUUACUGCCAGGUGUGAGGAGUUCUCGUCUGAGAGAUCGCCAAAAGGAGGAAAGAGAAUUGUUAGUAAAGAGGGCUUUUAUAGAAGAUAUGUCAAAUGAAAACAUUAUGCUAUCUGAUCUUCUUGGAAAAGUAUCAACUUGCCAUACUGUUUUAUGGAAUGCCGAUUUACUGCCAUUUCCUAGCAGAGAUUCUCAAUUGCCCAGCAUGGCUGCUACCGAUCCUACCUCGCCAAGAGAAAAUGCUUCCAAUAGUCGAUCCGAAAAUAACAAGAAUAGUCAGAAUGAUCUGUUUCACGAGAUGAGCUUGUAUAUGGAGACUCUCGAUGAUUUAUAUCUGGGUGGUGAUGAUUUGUCGUGUGACUUUCAAGUUGAUUCGGGGACGUUGGCUUGUGUGGCUUGUGGAAUCCUUGGUUUUCCAUUUAUGUGUGUGAUACAACCAUCUGAAAAAGCAUCAACGGAACUUCUUCCUGCAGAUCAUCUUUUGGUUCAAGGAGGACCCCGAGUCUCAAAACCUGAGAAUACCCGAUCCUCUCCAGAACUUGAUGGGUCUGUUAAGAGCUCUAUUUCAGAGAAUCUCCCUCCUGUUCGUGAUGUUUCUCCACCACCGAAGGAUCUGCAAAUGCCAUUAUUAACCAAGUUUGAGAAAGGAUGGAACACCUCUAGUAAAUUUCUGAGGCCACGGAUUUUCUGCCUGGAACAUGCCAUACAGGUUGUGGAGCUCUUGCGGUCAAAAGGUGGAGCAAACGUGCUUGUGAUCUGCCAUUCAGACUAUCAGAAGAUGAAGGCACAUGCCCUGGCCAUUGCAGAGGAAAUUGGUAGACCAUUUAGUUAUAAUGAUGUUCCAUUAGAUAUUGCAUCCCAGGGAGAUCUUAACUUGAUAGAUCUUGCAAUUGAUGAUGAAGAGCAUGUUGAAUGUGGAGAAGACUGGACCUCAAAACUGGGUAUCAAUUUACGAUACUGUGUCAAGGUGAGAAAGAACUCUCCGUCUAUGCAAGUUCAGCAUGCACUGACAUUGGGUGGAUUGUUCUCUGACAGAAAUCCCGGUUUGGAAUUCUUGACCAUCAAAUGGCCGUCCAGAAGAUCACGCUCAAAAAAGUUAAAUCGUUCGACCUAUAGUAAAACAUGUGACAGCACUCAAUUAAAGAAGGAUGAAGUGUUAGAGGGAAGGUUGGAUGAAAUCAUUGUCAAAAAAGAAGAAAAACUUCUUCAAUAUUCAAGAAGGAAGCUCAAGUCAAAACUGGGUGGUUCCACAUGCAAAAGUAUGAUUCAUGGAUGCCAUGAAAAGAAUUUGUCAGAAGAUGUUUCAGCUGCUACUUAUGGAGAUCUUGAUAAGCAAAGUGGAAAGACUUCUGCCAAUGACCUUUCUGAGAAAGGAAAUUCCCAAAAUGAAUCUGCAGGAUUAGCUUUGUGUACUGCUUCUGGAAUGUCUGAAAUGCAAAAUGAAACCACAUUGUUUGCAGCUAGCGUGGGUAUAAGUUUGAUCUCUGCUCCUUCACGAAUUGAAGACUCCCUUGCCUCUGCUACACUAGCGGUGGGAAAUGUUGAAGUGCAGAGUCAGAAUCACACUCUGGUUGGUAUUGACAUGGAUGACAAAGCUUGUAAUUUAGUAACAUGGGGUAGUUCUGAAAUGCAACACGAGAUCAAGGCCACUGAUGAAACCAUUGAGGACAAGAUCACACGUGUUGAAAAAUGUGCUUCUCCACUUAUCAUUUCAACCGAUGAAAGGUUUGGAAUGCAGGGAGAGAAUCAAAGUGUGGAAAAAAUCAGCAUCACAAAUGAGUCUUGUCAUCUGGUUACUGAAGGGCAAUGCAAUGUCUCAGUUGAAGGGGAUGCUUUGAUGAAUGAGGCUUCUGAUCUUUCUAACCCUGCCAGUAUACAUGUUGCUGAUCCGGUUGUGAGAAGUGGUCAGGCACAGAUGGUAAAUGUAGAUCUGGAGGAAUCUUGUGUCAACAGUGAGGAUCGUGCUUGCGUGAUUUUAGAUAAUGAAGUGCAGCAAGAGAUCCAAACCACAAACAGAAUUAACAAUGCCAGAUCAGGUAAUGUUGCACCAAUAAACCAGCGUAGUCUUGCCUCAAUGGAAGAUGUUUCUUGUAAUGUCGCAAUGAGAAACCAGCCUAAUCUUGCGUCGAUUCAAGAAAGUUUUGAAGGUCCUAGAAUGAUCUGUGCUGCAGAAGACAUUAGCAUUGCUGUGCCUGCAGGAGAUGUAGUGGGGCAAGAAUGUAAAACUAAAAAUGGAAGUAGUGAGGAUGAACCAAUUUCAAGUUAUGUUAGACUGACAAAUGAGCCUACUCUUACAUCAAGAGAAAUCCAGUCCCUUGACAGAAAUAAUGAGGAACUUGUCUUAAGUUCUGUUUCACCAAUGGAAGUUAGUCAGCCUUCUUGUGCAUCAGUGGAACAAUGUCCUGAAGUUCCAAUAGGGAUCUCUGCUGAGGAAGACAGGCAUGAUGGUGUGACUUUAGACACUGAAGUGCAGCAAGAAAUCCAGACUACAAAUGGAACUGAUGAGGGGGAACCCAUCUCUAGAUUCAUUACGCAAGUCGAAAAUGAGCAUGUAACUGUUUCAGGGGUAGAAUGCUCUGAAGUUCCAAGAGGGACCCAUGCUGAGGAAAACGUGAGUGGUGGAGUGACUUUAGAUAAUGAAGUGGAACAAAAAAAGCCACUGACAAAUGAAAAUAAUGAGGAGCUUUCUGGGCAUGAUACACAUAUAAAACCGCCCCAUCCUGCCUCAAUCCAGAAAUAUUCCAGAAUUCAAAGAGGGGUCCUUGCUGCUGAAAACCGACUUGGCAAUGAAGUUUGUUCAUCACAGGAUGAUAUAGAGCUGGAAAGAAUCGAGUCCACUGUACUAGACCCUGGACCAAACUCAGAAAAAAGAAGAAAAAGAAAAACGGAAGUCGAAUAUAUAACAGAAAACAAGUUCAGUUGCAGUGGCUUUAUCAGAGGUCCAUGUGAAGGGUUGAGGCCAAGGGCUGGGAAGGAUGCAACCAGUAGAUGUGGGAUUGACAUCAGUAAAACAGAUGAGGAAAAGCCGGUGAGAAAGAAGGUGAGCAAACCUUCAGGUGUUUCUCUCCCUCCUAAGAAUAAAAACACAAAGGAGUCUCACAGGUGUGACCUCGAAGGCUGCCGCAUGAGUUUCAAAACGAAGGCAGAACUUAUCUUGCACAAACGCAACAGGUGCCCACAUGAAGGGUGUGGGAAGAGGUUCAGCUCCCACAAGUAUGCUAUGCUUCACCAACGUGUCCAUGACGAUGACAGGCCCCUUAAGUGCCCGUGGAAAGGUUGCUCCAUGUCAUUCAAGUGGGCAUGGGCUAGGACCGAGCACAUACGGGUGCACACGGGUGAGCGCCCAUACAAGUGCAAGGUCGAGGGCUGUGGCCUCUCUUUCAGAUUUGUAUCAGAUUUCAGCCGGCACAGACGGAAAACCGGGCAUUAUGUAAACUCACCCGCCUGAAAAAAAAUGUCCUCUUGAUCAUGCUGAUUUUGUAAUAUAUAUGCGUACGAGCAAGUGGGGGGGUUUCUGAGGCCAAAGGGGCCUCGAGGUCGAGGAUCAUGUGUAAAAUUUACAAUGUUCUGGUUAGGUGUAGGGGUAGGAUUAUAGAGUGAUCUUUUUGUAGGUGAGCAUUCUCCAUUCAUUGGAUGGCAGUGAUAGUUGAAAACUCUCGAUUUUUGAUCUCUCUGGAUUCUUCGUUGUACGAUCCAGCAGCAUCAUCAUCAGCGGGAGAGGAAG